AUGGAGAAACUCUCAGGCAAAGACAAGGAGCUGAUCCGGGACAGCUGGGAGAGCCUCGGCAAGAACAAGGUCCCACACGGCAUCGUCAUGUUUACCAGCAUCAUCGUUAUUGCUAAAAUGCUCUAUUACCUUAAACACUAUUACUUCUUUGACUAUUACCUGUUGUUUGAACUGGACCCAACUCUGCUGACCCUCUUUAACUAUAAAACCAAGUGUGGAGUCGUGCCUGAGUGUCUGUCCAGCCCUGAGUUCCUGGAGCAUGUCACCAAGGUGAUGGUGGUGAUUGAUGCAGCUGUCAAUCAUCUGGAUGACCUGGACUCUUUGGAGGACUUUUUGUUGAACCUGGGCAGGAAGCACCAAGCUGUUGGUGUCAAAACCCAGUCCUUCAGUGUUGUUGGAGAGGCCCUGCUCUACAUGCUGCAGUGCAGUCUUGGAACAGGCUACACAGCUGCACUGCGCCAGGCUUGGCUCAACAUGUACACUAUCGUGGUGGCUGCCAUGACCAGAGGCUGGGCAAUGAACGGAGAACACAAGUCCAACUAA